CAUCCUCAACCAACUAGGAGCGAUAUUAUUCCCUUCAAUAUUGCACUGUUUUCCCCCUAUUCUCUAACUAUUUUACCUCAAAAUGGAAACCGGGAACUCUGGACAAGUCAAGUGGACGUCCACGUCGUCAAAAGGAGCGACAAAACGAGAUGCAGGGCCGAAAUAUUCGCGUUUUUCAGAGUCGCUUCGUCAUGCGGCGCCGGGCGCGUUGCAGUGUUCGAUAUUUUGCGGUGGAAAACAAUGUAAAUAUGAAAAUCCAUCCAAGUUUAAACCUGAAGAAAUGGCUAUACAUGGACUAUAUUCUUCAUGGGUCACAGAUGACAUUUUAGCAACGGCUCGUCCAUCGAGUGAAAUUAUCAAAAACUACAAAGUUAUUGAACAAUUUAAAAAGCUYGGAAUAAAAUCAAUUAUCAAUUUACAGCACCCUGACGAACAUUCCAGCUGUGGGUCUGGAGUAAAUGUGAGUGGGUUUUCAUACGACCCUGAAGAAUUCAUGCAAGCUAAAAUUUUUUACUACAAUUUUAAUUGGAAUGACUAUGGGGUUCGCUCCCUGGAGUCAAUAUUAGAUAUGGUUAAAGUGAUGUCGUUUGCGCUUCAAGAAGGCAAGACAGCAGUUCACUGUCAUGCUGGAUUAGGUCGUACUGGUGUAUUGAUUGCUUGUUACCUGAUAUAUGCAGAGAGACUUGGAGCAGAGGAAGCUAUUCAUGCGAUGAGAAAGAACAGACCUAAAGCUGUACAGACAAGAGGACAAAUAGAAUGUGUCAAAGAUUUCUGCAAGUUUUUAAAUCACCUUUGGAUUGUUUUCCCUUCUUGUCAACCAGGUUUUAAAAAGUUCACUUUACAACAUUAUCUAACUCGACAAAAGCAUAUUCUUCAUGGAAUGGAGGCAAGGCAACUGAAAAAUUUACCUAAGAUUGUAUGUAUCACUUGUUCACGGUUACUCGAACUCGCAAGCGUCAAGGCCGAAGACACAGACAUGAAAUGGGGCUUACCUGUGGAAGUAAAACAAGUAUUCUCUGAACCCGAAGAAGAAGCUGUCUCAACGACCGACGACACACUUGCCACUACACCUCCAAGAGAAGAAAUCCGAGUCCUCCCAGACACUCCCAAGACUGAGUUGAAACACAAUCCGUAUGUCGAGUCUGUUAUUGGAGGUCUUCAGCGCUCACAGACCCUUGUUGAUGCCACUCACGAUGAUGAUGAUGAUGAUGACGAGGCGCGCCAUUUAUGUGCACCUGUGGGAUCACGCAUGUCUAUGAUGGUUGGACUGACACAAAGAUCACGGGCACACUCUGAACCAGACAUCUAUAAACAGCACGGUGACUGUCCAUCAAGCACCGAUGCAGUCACCACUCCCCCUCCUCUCCUCCCUGGGGGGAUACAUGGUGUACGACUAGAGCUCUUAGACUUAAACAAAUUAAAAAACAAUGGUAAAAAAAACAUCUUCACAGCUGUCGAAGAAGAUGAAGAUAAAAAUGACGCCGAAUCAGAUAAGGACACUAUCAACACAAGCCCCUCUGUCGAUGCUUCUACUCCGUCACAAGAGGACGUCACCCAGGCUCCCUCUGAUUCUGAAGUCGAUAGAGACAUGGUGGCGAGAGCACUGGGUGCUAGUGCCUGUGCUGACUCAGGGGUGCAAAAUAAAACCGAUAAACUGAAGCGAAAACUGAACACCAGUGAUUCUGGUUGGGACGACGUAAGAUUUGAAAGUGACCCAUGGGUUUUGUCUCGCCUGCUGUGGACGUGGUUGGAAGAUCUGGAGGAGCCUGUGUUAAAUGAAUCAGAUGUUGAUCAGUUGAGCACGGGAACAGAUGACCCUAUCAUUGCUGUGAAGAAGCUAAAGAAGRGUAUUAAAGAUAUUUUAGAAUGCCUUGUAACUACAGUUUUAGAGCUCGAACCAUUAUCCACCCAGCUCGAGGAUCGUGUGCUGCGUCGUCUAGCCAUGGUUCUCACUCACGACCGAAAACUACCUCUUACGACCACUAGAGCUUCUCUAGAUAGAAUGGCUUCAACGUCCUCAGGGGGGGUCGAAGAGGCAGCAGUAGACGAGCGAAAUAACUCCGAGGGGGAGGUAGAAGGGGAUGUCACCUGUGAUGAUAGUGAUUCUAAUACCUCUGUGACGUCAUCUACGUCGUAUCGACUGUUAUUGUUUUUAAGACAGUUAAUGCGAACUUUAAGUGGUCAAAAUCUGCACAAAAGUUAGAAAGGAACAAGUUGAAUGGGAAUAAGAAUCAUACUCGUGCGGCAGCAAAAAGUGAAGGUUACUGUACUUGAAUGGAUCGGAGCUUGUUCGUUAGUUAUCAGCCUAAUCUAGGUUUUGUGGAUAUACGUUGUCUUCCUAAUGCUAACGAAUGUACAAAACGACAAUUCGAAUGUUCUAAUUAUGAGUUGCGAUCCCUUGGUGUGACUGGUUUAUGGUUGGAGGGGCUGGAAGAUUAGCAAAUGAUUUACAUUACUUAACAUUAUCAGAGUAAUUUGCUAAAAGGCUUUCCCUUUAUGUUAGUAAGAUUUUAAUAAUAAUGAUUUAAUAUUUCUAUUAAUUUAUUUAAGUUAUUUAAAAAACAAGUUUGUCGUCCAACAUGGUAGGAAAUGAUCACGUGAUGUGUUGGUGAGCUCGUCUGCUUAUAGCCUGUCUACAACCGCUUCCCACYCCUCCUCCCCCACGGGAAAAAGGAGGAGGGGUGCGAAGAGGCUGUCUGUUCAUAGAGCCAAGUGCUGACGUCGACCGUUGAUUGAUGAAAAGCGCCAGUCAUAUGAUUGUAUCAAAAGCUAUACGAUAACGACCGAAUCACGUGACUGUAGCUUUAAACGCGUGACUGUAGAUCAAGCCAUACGAGUGUGAUUUGUCAUGUGACUGUGACUUUAAUCACGUGAUUGUAGCUUAAGCUAUGGAUAUAACCUAAUCAUGAAUCUGUAACAGUCACGUGAUUGUGAAAUAAGCCACAUGUUUGUAAGCUAGUCACGUGACUGGCUCUAAUGAAGUACUUGCUCAGAUCUCACACUUGUGACUUUAUCACGCGAUCAGUAACUCUAGUCACGUGAUCGUGGGUGACCACGUGACUAAAGYUCAACUGUAUAUUUUUGAAGGGAAGAUUUAUAAGGAUUUUAUAUAAGGAUAUAAUUAACUGUAUUAAUAAAGCCUAUACAUGUUUCAGGA